GCCCAAACUCGAUGCAGUUGUGAUUAGCCGGUGUCACAUCACGUGAUGUGAGUGACUAAUCCGGGUGAGCUGACGGGCGGACCGAAAGAUUCCCGGGCAGAAGGUCGGACGUCGAGAACGACAGAGCACGAUCACCAGCGUCUUCUUUCUUCCCAUUGACUUGCACCACCGCCUCGAGUACCUAUUCUCUCAGCCAGAACCGCCAAGAUGGUUUCUCGCACUGUCCCUAGACUCGCUGGAUUCGUGUUCCGCGAGAACCGCGUCCCUUUCUACCAGCGCCUCUUCCAGCGUCACGACGGCAAGCGCCAGUGGUACAAGACCAACCGCAGUGGCUACAUCCUUUACCCCUACUGGAUCUCUACCUACGGUCUUGGUCUCGCUACCACCUGGGCUAUGUGCCGGAUGGUCUUUGGCCACAAGACUUUCUUCGGUUCGGACUAAGCGCGUUAUUUGAAGGCAACUCUCAUCCAUCUGUCUAUUAGGCGGCGGUGUACUUCUAAUGCCGGAAGGAUAGAUUGUGAAGACUUGGUUCGCGAUUGUAUAUAAGACAAGCAGGGGAUCAAUGAAGAAU